AUGAAGCUUCAGGGAAAGAUCGAGCUGCUGCACCUGUGUGCGUCUGCUCUACACUGUGUGUGUGCGGUCGUGGGCGUCAGUGUCGCGGCCUGUGGACUCUGGGUUCUGUUUGACUCCAGCUUCAUCCGCAUCAUCUCCACAGGUUUCCUCCGGGUGCUUCAGUUUUUCUACAACUACAAACACAGCUCCAUCUCUCUCGUGGGGGUCCUGCUCUUCUCGGUGGGACUCGCCGUGGUCUGUGUCACGGUUGUGGGAUGUGUGGGCUCUCAGAGAGGCAGCCGUAUCCUGCUGCUGCUGGAGCUGCUGGUCCUGGUUCUUCUUCUGCUGUCACUGAUCUUUAUCACUUUAAUAAUUCUACUGAAGAGAGACCAGAUCUCUCAGACUCUCUCUGAUAACGUUGACUCCAUCAUCAAGGAUUUUCCAAAGAGAGAGCGCCACUUGCUGGACAACAUGCAGCACCAGGUGCAGUGCUGUGGGAGAUUGGGGCCCUCUGAUUGGCUGAGUAACCAGUUUGUGAUCAGUUUAAACCAAUCAGCAGUCUCCGUGUUGCCGUGUUCCUGCUUCCUGUCUGGCGCUCACAGCUCCGCCCCCUUCUGCAGCUCCAACCAAUCACUGAGCUCCGAGGAGAUUCCCUACCGACCAGCCAACUCCUCCUUCCACAAGGGCUGUGAGGUGGCGCUCCGUGAUUGGCUGGAACAGAACGUUCAGACAAUCGUGGGUCUGGACCUGGGACUGGGGAUUCUGCAGGGACUCCUCCUGGUCGUGGUGGCCUCCCUCUAUCGCAGUUUUGGGGCCAGAGCAUCAGUGAGGUCUGAACUGGACCAAACUGGGUCAGACCUAGUCCACAACGAUGAAGACCUGCUGUACCAGGACCUGGACCAGGACCAGGACCAGGACCAGGGAGUUUACGAAAGGCCCUAA